UUUAUGCUACUAUUUAUAUUUGUCUUUUAUUCCACUUUUGUCUAAUCUGGUUUUUUGUAUAUUGAAUGAAACGUUUUUUUCUAAAUAUGAUGAAUUUUGAUGUUACUUAGUAAUGUAUGAAUGACUAAACACAAAGUUAUGUCGUUAUUUAUAGGAGUAUAUAUGGCUCAAUAAAAAUAUUAUAAAAAACCGAACCAACCGAACCAACCCAAACCGCAUUGAUUUGGUUUGGUUUGGUUUGGUUUUAUUUCUAAAAGUCAACCGAACCAAUCCGAACCGCAUGCUUUUUUCUCUUGCGGUUCGGGUGAUUUUUAUCGCAAAAACCGCCCAAACCGCACCGCGAACACCCCUAGAAUGAACUAUGAAGUGCAAAAUUAUAAUGCUUCAGGUUUGAUUCUUCAUGCUUGAAGCGCCAUAUUAGCAGUGACGAGUGUUGAGAGCUCUGACCAAGAAAAAAAAUGAUGUCAAAUCGCUCAAUAACCAAAAUCUUAAACACAUCAAUUGUUUCUAGGUCUCUUCGAAUGUACUCAACAACAGAAACCCCUAUUGGUUUCUCAGCAUUGGAAAAUCGCAUACUCAAGAGCGGGGACCCAAAAACUUCAAUGAUUCCCAUUCUCAAUCAAUGGAUUGAACAAGGUAGAGACGUUCCUCAACCUGUUCUCAAACGUAUAAUCACUCGUCUCGCCAAUUAUCGUCGCUUCACUCAUGCCCUUCAGGAAUGGAUGGGUGAUAAGAGUAACAAUGAUUUAUAUCCUGGAGAUAUUGCUAAGCGGCUCAACCUGAUAUCUAAAGUUCAUGGUCUAGAACAAGCGGAGCGGUUUUUCAAAGACGUCCCUGAAGCUAAAAUCGGGUUCAAGGUCUAUGCUGCUCUUUUGAGCUGCUAUGCAGAACAUAAAUCUUUGGAGGAAGCAGAGGCUAUCAUGAAGAAAAUCAAGAAGUUGCAUCCCAUGCACUUGACAGUGUGUUAUAAUAUGAUGUUAAAACUAUAUGCUCAGAAAGGUAAAUCUGAAAAACUGGAUAGGUUGAUGCAAGAAAUGAAAGAGAAGGACAUCUGCAACGGUGCUACGUUUACCAUUCGGUUGAAUGCUUACGCGAUUUCUAAAGACGUAGAGGGGAUGGAGAAGCUACUAAUGCAAAUGGAAGCCGAUCCCAUAGCAACUGUGGAUUGGUAUACAUAUGCUACAGCAGCGAAUGGUUAUAUGAAAGCUGGGAAUGUUGAGAAGGCCUCGUUAAUGCUGAAGAAAUCAGAAAAUUUAGUUAAUGGCCAGAAUAGGAGGAUUGCGUAUGAAUCUCUUCAAACUAUGCAUGCUGCGAUUGGAAACAAGGAUGAGGUUUAUCGACUUUGGAAUAGGUGUAAGAAUCUUAGAAAUUCUCUCAACUCAAGUUACUUAUGUAUGCUAAGUUCAUUAGUGAAACUGGAUGACAUUGAAGGCGCAGAGAAGAUUUUCCAAGAAUGGGAAUCUGGACAUACGAGUUACGACAUCAGAAUUUCAAAUAUGAUGAUCACUGCUUACUGUAAAUGGGGUCUUGUUGAUAAGGCCGAGGCAUAUAUCAAGAAACUUUUGGAUAACGGCAAGGUAUUGGAUGGAAGUACAUGGGACCGUAUGUCGUCUGCAUAUCACAUGGAUAAUGAUAUGGAAAAAGCAGUUCAAACAUUGAAGAAAGCAACGCUGGGAAGUCGACGAGGAUGGAAACCUAGCGCCGUGACAUUGAGUGCGUGCAUCAAGUACCUGAAGGAAAAACUUGAUGUGGAACAAGCCUUUGAGAUUCUGAAAUUGUUCAAAGAAAAGGGUCAUAUCUCAGACACUGCCUAUGAUAGACUAGUAAGCUAUGUUCAUGGUGAAAUACCUGAUACAGAAGCCUUUGAUCUGAUUAAACAAGAUUUAAAGUAUGAAAAGGUUCAACUUCAUGAUGAAGAAAACUAAUGGCUCAAUGUAAAAGAUGCUUGCAAAGGAUGUAUUCAAAAGUUGAAUAAACAAAUUUAAUGUAGUAUAUUUCUGAUUGAAUGUCACUAUAAAACAGAUUUACUUGCA